AUGGCCCCAUCUGAACCCACCGCCACACGUCCCCUCAAAAUCAUCGCCGGAGCCGACUCCUUCGGCGCCUCCCUGAAGGACGCCCUUGUGGAUCGCCUCCGCUCCUUAAACAUCCACGUGGAGGACAUCGGCACCUCCAAAUACUACUCCGUCGGCGAGGAAGUCGGACGCCGCGUCAGCCAGGCCUCCGCCGACCCCUCCGUCGAGACCCGCGGCCUGGUCGCCUGCGGCACCGGCGUCGGCGUAUCCAUAUUCUCCAACAAGUUCCCCGGCGUGUACGCCGCCACGUGCCUGACCCCCGCCGACGCCCUCAACGCCCGAUCCAUCAGCAACUGCAACGUCCUGGCCGUCUCCGGCAUGUCCACCNCGCCGGAGGCCGCGUACGAGAUCCUCUCCGCCUUCCUGGACACGCCGUUCAAGUCCCCCUGCCCCGCCUCCGGAUCCGAGCCCUGGCCCGACGAGAUCCGGUCCUUCCUUGAUGAAUCCGUGGAGGAGAUGUCCCAGAUCGGCGGCCAGAACGCGAGGGAUCCGCCGUGCUUCAUCUGCUCGCUGGCGAAAUCCAGGGAAGAGAAGGAGUUCACGCCGGUGGAGGCUAUGCCGGGCGGAUCGAUGAAGCUUCUGAGGCAGACGCCGACAUCGGCAAUUGUGAGAUUCAAGGCCGGGAGCGUGGAGCCGGCGCAUCACCACACAUUCGGGCACGAUCUGGUGGUGACAAGGGGAAGAAAAUCGGUGUGGAAUCUGACAAAGAAGGAGAGGUAUGAUUUGGGGAUUGGGGAUUAUCUGUUUACUCCGGCUGGGGAUGUGCACAGGGUCAAGUACUAUGAGGAUACAGAGUUUUUCAUAAAGUGGGAUGGGCAGUGGGACUUGUUUUUGGAUGAAGAUAUUGCCACUGCAAAUGCCGCCAUCUAUGGUCACAAAAACACUGCUGCACCUUAG